AUGGCCUUGAAGGUAGUCAAUGGGGUAGACAUUCCAGAUUAUAAUCAACUAACUCAAGCCUUAAAAACUGGCGCAUUUAACUAUACAAAUAUUCCCAAUCAAUAUUCGAAUAAUCCACCUACUAGUCAUCGUAAUACCCAAUCACAAUCACAGCCAACUGAAAAGCCUAAGAAAGCAUCUUCUUCCAAGUUUACAGGUCCUGUAUUACUAUUCAAGCCAAGCCCAUUUUACACCCAGAAAAGAUUAAUUCGAAUAGACCCAAAUUACGUUAACCCAUGCGUGCCAAAAUCUCAAAGAAGCACAUUCGAAUCCUCCUUUGUACUUACCAGUGAAGAACAGGCGAUUCUAAGAUCAAAACCAUCGAUGAAACUUUACUUCUUUUCCGGUAUGACUACACAGAGCAAUUCCGAUAUUGAUGUUCAGUGGCCUCCUCAGCUUGAAAUACGCUGUAAUGGGAACGUCAUUAAAAAUAGUGUAAAGGGGUUCAAAAACACAGUGGGUACCGAUUCUCCAGCCGAUUUAACGCCUCUCAUUCACUCUGGAUCUAAAACUAACAAUAUAUCCAUGCUUUACAAUGGUGCAACCGAAGGUUUUCUAACGUAUCUCUAUAUCGUUGAAACAAGAAAACCCGAAGACAUAUUACAGACUGUCCUUAAACAUCCACAUAUCCACAAAAGUAGUACGGUGUCAGAAAUCAAGAAAAGUUACCAGGAUGCCGAUGGUGAUGAUUUGGUCAUAGCUCAUUCUUCAUUGCCCUUGAAAUGCCCUCUUAUAUAUAAGAGACCAAAUUUUCCGUCCAAAGGUAUAUUUUGUCAACAUUUGCAAUGUUUUGAUUGUCUUUCCUACUUGCAACUUCAAGCAACCAUUCCCUCGUGGAAAUGUAUUAUAUGCUCGCGUCCAUUACACCUAAAAGAUUUAGCCAUUAGUGAUUAUCUAAUGGAAAUUUUACAAAAAACUUCCGAGGAUGUGGAACAAGUUGAUUUGAAACCUGAUGGCUCCUGGGAAGCAAUUCAUGAAGGAGAUGAAGAUACCCAACAUAAAAGCUCGAAUGAAAAUAAAGCU